GCGCAUAGAGAGAGAGAGAAGAUGUCGAAAGAAGUGAGCGAAGAAGGACAAACACAGCAUGGAAAGGACUACGUGGAUCCACCACCAGCACCGCUGAUGGACAUGGCGGAGCUGAAGCUGUGGUCAUUCUACAGAGCAGUGAUCGCAGAGUUCAUAGCCACACUCCUCUUCCUCUACGUCACUGUCGCCACAGUCAUCGGUCACAAGAAGCAAACCGGACCAUGCGACGGCGUCGGAAUCCUCGGCAUCGCAUGGUCCUUCGGCGGCAUGAUCUUCGUCCUCGUCUACUGCACCGCUGGCAUCUCCGGGGGUCACAUAAACCCGGCAGUGACGUUCGGGCUGUUCUUGGCGAGAAAGGUGUCGCUGAUAAGAGCGGUGUCGUACAUGAUUGCGCAAUGCUUGGGAGCAAUUUGUGGAGUUGGGUUAGUAAAGGCAUUCAUGAAACACAACUACAAUUCACUUGGUGGUGGUGCUAACUUAAUUGCUCCUGGCUACAACAAGGGCACUGCUCUUGGUGCUGAGAUCAUCGGCACUUUCGUGCUCGUUUACACUGUUUUCUCAGCCACUGAUCCCAAGAGGAGUGCUCGCGACUCUCAUGUCCCUGUUUUGGCACCUCUGCCAAUUGGGUUUGCAGUGUUUAUGGUUCACUUGGCUACUAUUCCUAUUACUGGGACUGGGAUCAACCCUGCUAGGAGCUUUGGUGCUGCUGUUAUCUACAACAACAAAAAAGUCUGGGGUCAGCAUUGGAUCUUCUGGGUUGGACCAUUUGUGGGAGCCAUGGCAGCUGCAGCAUACCAUCAGUACAUCUUGAGAGCUGCUGCCAUUAAAGCUUUGGGAUCUUUCCGCAGCAACCCCACCAACUAAAAAGAGAAGAACCCAAAAGAAAGAGAACCAGAGAGAGAGAGAGAGAGAGAGAGAGAAUAACCCAAAAGAAAAAGAAAAAAAGAGUUGCCUGAUCGCUUCAUCUCUCAGCUCUAUCUAUUUGUUUUUGUUUUUGUCUGUGUAUGAGAGGAUGUGAUGAGAACUGUCUUUUUUUCUUUUUUGUCUUUUUUCUUUUGUGUCUUUUGAUAUAAUUUUUAAUCUUUUCUUAUUAGCUUUGAUUUGUGUAUUUAUUUGUUGUGACUUGAGAGUAGUGUUUAGUCUGUGUGCACUUAAAAAUUCCUCUUCCCCCUUUCUAAUCCACUUCCUUGCUUUCCCCUA